AGGUGAAGAGGUGAAGAAGGAUAAGAGCAAGUUUUUGAAUAUUAAUGGCUUCCUUCAACAACUUUGUGUUACUGAUUCUCUUAACAAUUGCUCUUAUUUUAGUCCCUGAAGCAGCUCAGGGACGUCGAAGACGAGUAAUACCAUCAGGAGAACAGAAGAAAGAACUGGAAAGGCAACUCAAAGCUAUCAACGAACCUGCAAUCAAGAGUUUCAAGACACAACAGGGUGAUAUAUUGGAUUGUAUCGACAUUCACAAACAGCUAGCCUUUGAUCAUCAUCUCCUCAAAAACCAAUCUGUUCAGCUGAAACCAACAAGUGUACCUGAGUGGAUCACGAGCAACAAAAUUUCAAGGAAAGUGGAUCCCUUGCAGCUUCUUCAAGAGGGAAUAAAUUGUCCAGAAGGAACAGUUAUUGUAAAAAGGACUACUAUGCAAGAUCUUAUGCAUGCAAAACGUUUGAAAUCGAUGGGAUUCGAUGGCCCAAGACAUUUUAUUACAGAUAGAAAUAACAAUGAUUCAACUGGACAGUUUUAUGUUGCAACGGUUAACUAUGGACCUAGCAGUUUUUCUGGAGUAAAAGGACAUCUUAACCUAUGGGAUCCACAAGUCUCGCAAGAUCAAAUCAGUCUUGCAUUUAUGGCAGUAGCCGGAGGGCCUAAAGAACAAUUCGCCAGCAUUUUUGUUGGGUGGAUGGUGAAUCCAUCCCUAUACCAAUUGUCGGAAGAUCAUGUUCGCUUGUACACCUACUGGAGUAUUGAAGGAAGCAUGUCAGGCUGCUACGACAUAACAUGUCCUGGAUUUGUGCAAGUCAGCAAGACUAUACCACUUGGUGCACUUCUUCAACCAAUUUCCGUCUAUAAUGGUACACAAUAUGAUAUAAGCUUAAGCUUGUAUCAGGAUCGUGUCAAGGGAGAUUGGUGGUUUUCGUAUCAUGAAGAGAACGUUGGAUACUGGCCAGCGUCAUUGUUCAUGGCCAGGGGAUUUGCUAACAGAGCAAAUUAUGCAUCUUGGGGAGGUCAAGUGUACAGUCCAGUGACAGAGAAGACUCCAGUUAUGGGAAGUGGGAAUUGGCCUAGUGAGGGCUUAAGUAAAGUAGCUUAUGUGAACAGUAUCAAAAUCAUAGAUCAUUUGGGAAAUGUUUUGGAUCCAGAAAUCGACAGUCUGAAGGCACGCGAGACCAGUUCAAAGUGUUACAAAGCCAUGUAUAUUCAUGAGGAGGAUAAAGAUAUAUGGCGAAGAGCUCUUUACUAUGGAGGUCCUGCAGGAUGCAUAGGGGAAUGAUGUAUGAUCUGAACAAGAUGACUUAUAUAUAUGCUUGUAUGAAUAAUCAAGUUUCAUGAUAAUUAUGA